AUGCCCAAGUAUGCGAGACUCUUGAAGGAGAUUUUAAGCAACAAAAGGAAGUUGGAGGACUUAGGGCUAGUGACACUAAAUGAGGAGUGCUCAGCCAUUUUUCAAAACAUGCUGCUAGUAAAUAGGCGUGAUCCAGGGAGUUUUACUGUUCCUGGUAUUAUUGGUGAUUUGCAUAUUAGUGAUGCUUUAGCUGACUUAGGAGCUAGCAUCAAUUUAAUGCCUAGCAGUUUGUUUGAAAAAUUAGGUUUGAGUGAGCCGAUACCCACUAGGAUGAGCGUACAGUUAGCGGAUAAGACUGUGAGAUUUACUAGGGGGAUAGUUGAGGAUGUACUUGUUAAAGUAGACAAGUUUAUAUUUCCUAUUGAUUUUGUUGUUAUAGAUAUAGAGGGUACAAUGUUAAAACGCACCAGACAACAGCCUCUACGACAGGCACACUGCAAGAGACGUCGCAUAGAUGUAGACGCUUCUUCUUCACAGUAG